CCGAUCCGCGAUGAUAACCCACCGUCCCUCCGCGAUGAUAACCAACCAUCCCCACGCGCGCCGGCUUCUCCCUCCGCCUCCGCGAUGAUAACCCACCAUCCCUCCCUGCUCCGGCCACCCAUCCUCACCUCCCGUGUCGGGGUCCUCGGCCGGCGCCUAACACCCCACGCCUUCCUCUCCGCCACCGUCGCCUCGGCUCGGCCUUCUACGCCGCCCCUCCGCCUGCGGCCUGUGCGCGCCGCAGCCUUUGGAGCCUCGCAGGUUGGUGGCGAUGGAGGCAAAGGCGCGGUGCCGCCUCCCGCGCUGGGGGCCGUGCUGCUCGGCUUCGCGCGUAGCAACUUCCUCCCCCUUGCUCUCGUUGCUGGGGUCAUAUUGGGUCUCCUAAAUCCUACUCUUGGAUGCCUUGCUCACAAAUGCUCCCUGUCGAAGUACAGCACCUUUGGGAUAUUCUUGAUCUCAGGACUGACCCUGCGAACCGAGGAGCUUGGUGCAGCAUUAGAAGCUUGGCCUGCUGGACUAUAUGGAAUAGGCUCUAUUUUGCUGAUUACACCAUUUCUUGCUCAGUUUAUUAUGCAAGUUCAGCUCUUACCUCGUGAAUUUAUCACCGGGUUAGCUAUGUUUUGCUGCAUGCCAACAACAUUAUCAAGUGGAGUCACACUAACACAGAUUGUUGGCGGUAACUCUGCACUUGCUCUUGCAAUGACAGUUGUAUCCAAUUUACUUGGCAUUAUCACUGUACCUCUUUCUCUAGCAAAGUUCAUUGGCGCUGGAGCUGGGUUGUCUUUGCCUACUGAGCAACUAUUCAGAAGUCUGGUCACCCGCCUUCUAAUCCCUCUGAUUAUAGGCAAGGUUGCUCGAGAAACCGUAAAAGGUAUUGCUGAUUUUGUUGAUAGAAAUAAACAAGGCUUUUCUGUUGCAAGUGCUGUUCUUCUCAGCCUAGUCCCAUGGAUUCAAGUAAGUAGAUCAAGAUCACUAAUCUUAUCUGUUCAAGUAAAAGCUUUAGCUGCCGCUAUUACUAUUGGAGUGCUUCUACAUUUCGCUCUGUUGGCUUUCAAUGCCGCGAUGUUGCAGAUCUUGUCACGUCUUGAACAGAAAGGGGAGCCAGUCUUUGCUAAAAAAGAGUACGCACGAGCUGUCAUUUUGGUGGCCAGUCAGAAAACACUGCCAGUGUUGAUUGCUGUGGUUGAUCAGCUUGGAGGAGCCCUGGGGGAAUCCGCAUUUCUGGUCAUCCCUUGUAUUGCUGCACACAUUAACCAGAUCAUUAUCGAUUCUAUCAUAGUAAAUUGGUGGCGCCAGAGGGAUCAACAGUUUGCUAAUGCAAAGUAACUUCAGAAUUCAAUUUUGGCAUGUAAAACAGAGAAUUAAUCAGAAAUUCGAUGUUUAUCAAGUGACACCAAUGCAAAAUGACGUUACAUAUUCAGUCAUUUGGAUUGGACGCAGUCAUAUUGAGAUUAUUUUACACAGAAAUGCUUUCUUGCCUGAAGGAAUGACAUUAUUCUUGCCUCCA